ACUUGUCGACAAAGCGAGGCAACAACCAUGGAGUGGCUGUUUGGCAAGAAGAAGACACCCAAGCAGAUCCUGCGAGAGAACCAGCGGGCGCUGAAGAAGGCGAUGCGGGAGCUGGAUCGUGAGCGGACAAGCAUGCAGCGGUCGGAGAAGAAGAUCAUUGCGGAUAUCAAGAAGGCAGCCAAGGACAACCAGAUGGGCGCGGCCAAGGUGAUGGCCAAGGACCUCGUCCGGACGCGCAAGUACAUCCAGAAGUUCUACCAGAUGCGGACACAGCUGCAGGCGGUCUCGCUCCGGAUCCAGACGCUCAAGUCGCAGCAGGCCAUGGCACAGGCGAUGGUGGGCGUGACCAAGGCCAUGCGGUCGAUGAACCAGCAACUCAACAUGCCGCAGAUCCAGGCUAUCAUGAUGGAGUUUGAGCGACAGACGGAGAUCUCCGAGGCCAAGCAGGAGAUGAUGGAGGACGUCAUGGACGACGUCAUGGAUUCCGAGGAUGACGAGGCCGAAGAGGAUGCCAUCCUUGGUCAGGUCAUGGACGAGCUUGGCCUGGACAUUGCGUCGACCCUCGACGCCGCGCCGUCGGGGUCGCUUGUCUCUGCCCCGCCCACCUCGGAUGCGGAGCGGACGCCUGUUGCCGCAAACGCAGACUCGGACCUUCAGGAUCGCCUCAACAACCUUCGCCGCUGAUGCCUGGUUGUUGCUCCCC